AUGACAUUGACCAAUCAUGAACCAUCAUCAUCAUUGAUGGAUAUCAAUGGACCAAUAUUAGAAACACCACAUAGUAAUCAUCAACAACAACAAUAUACACCUGCUAUUCACUAUCCAGGUGGUAAUGAUCUUAUAGCUGCCACUCCUAUGUCAUCAUCUUACUAUCAUCAUAAUGUUCUUUAUGGUUCAAUACAGCCUCAUCAUCAUCAACAACAACAAUUACAACCACAUACAUUAUCACCAUUAUUGCCAAUAGCAGAUGAUGUCGAUAUGUUCGAUCAUCAUCAUCAUCAUCAUAAUCGACAUACAGAAUUGUUAUCAAAUCAUCAUCAACAACAACAAUCGAUAUCAAUAUCAUUAAAUGAGCAGCAAUCAUCCAAAUAUAAUGAUAAUCAUCAUCAUAAUCAAACGAAUAAUAUGAUAGAAUUUUAA